AAGUUUCGCAUUUCAUAAUCCGCUACAAAGUAGCUUAUCAGCGAGGAUUUUCAAUUUCGCAAAAAGAGAGGAAAUGCCCGGCUUGGAGCGGAUUAAUCGCUGCGGCCGUCUGAUCGAGAGAACGCGGAGGGAUUUUCUGAAAUAUUAUCUGAAAAAAUGCCCGACCCUGUUUCACAUUUGCUACGAUCCGAUCGGCACUCAUCGAAAAGCGAGGGCCUUCAUCGGAUUUCUCUUCGGAUUUCUUGCAGCUGUCGUGCUAUACGAGGGCAUAAUCGUCGAUCUACAGUUUGACGCGUAUACCAGCAUCUCUCUGGGAGCCAUCCUCGUUGUGAUGUUAUCAAUAGGAUGCGCAUCAUCGAUACAGGUGAGAUGUAUCUGCCUUUUGACAAUCCCGACCUUCCUCGGUCGAUCCGGCCGUAACGUUUUAAGGGCGUUUGUCCUAGGAUACCUAAUUGCAGGACCGAUAUUCAAUUUAAUGUAUAAUGGCAAAGAGGUGAUGAGAACUUUUGCUUGUACGACGCAGUUGACGUACAAUCUCACCCAAACGCGUUUUGAUCUCAUGUUUAAGCCUUUCCAGCAGGCGGUGCUCGCCAUGCAAGCGGAUGCGAGCGAAUUGAAAGAUACUUUAUCUUCGGUGAGGGAUUUGAUGGGUCCGAUAGUCGAGGAAAUCGAAGGGGAAGAGGAGAUGAGGAGGUUGAAAGAAGAGAAUGACUAUCUGGACGAGCUUCAGGACGAUACGAAACGAAGUGACGAGAUCGAGGAGAAACAUGAGAAAGAGAUGGCGAAGGCAAAGUCUGAGGCGGAUGUUUACGAGGCAAAGUACAAGAAGAAGAUCGAGACGCGAUGUGAAGAACAGCUUAGCCGCGGUGCCGAGCGAUGCAGAGAUAUGUUUGGCGACGCUUACGACAAGUGUUAUGACACGGUGACAGUCUUCGCGGCCUGGCUGCUGUGCUGGCCGAUGAAGCUCACCUUUGUGUGCAACCUGGUGCAGGCACUCGGUGGCUCUAACAUCUGCGAUCCCGAGGGGAAAGUGGACUCCGGCAUCGGCGAAGGCUAUGUUGCUUUAAAAAGAGCCAGGGAUACAUUCAGCAAGAGUCUGAAGGAGGCAAAACUGCAGUACAAAAUGAAGAAGAUGCCAGUAAUCCUUGAUCUUCAUGACGCCACGGAUGCUGCUCAGGCCGUGAUGCACGAAUUCAACUCACGCAGGAAGAUUUUGGAAUCGGUGAUGAUGAUUAUCAAGAGAUGCUUGUCCUUCGUUUUCUUGAGAAUCAUCAUGAACGCUCAGACAUACCACGAUAAAUAUCUCAACGAGAUCGAGCACGAUAAUGUGUACGUAACUUCGUACUUUCGAAAAAUUGACGCAAGACGGAAGGCACGCGGCAGUUUGGUCCUGCUUCCCUUGAAGAAGAUUGAGAGAUCGAAGUUCGUGGAUCCGUAUAGCCUGCGUCCGAGCAAGAUCGAGCGAGUGAAUUUGACCGGUCAAACGGUGAAGUUGAUACUCGAAACGAUCACCGUGACGACGUUUAUAUUGCUCGACAGACUGUUUUUCGAGGUGCUCGAUUUGGUCAGAAGACACACUUAUAUGGAAUAUACUCAGGCGGGUCAUCAUGACAUAGUUUUGGAGGUUCGCGGAAUCGGAGUGAUAGCUUCGCUGAUACGUCGCGUUAUUCGUGGAUUCAAUGUAAAGAGACGAGUGAAAACCGUGGUGUCCAAUAGCGCAUGUUUACCGAGGCCCAGCAGAGUACCGGAUCGCAUGAUCCUCAAGAUCUAUUUGACCUAUCUCGGCAUUUGGCUAUUGCUAUUCACUGCCGCUUACACCCAGCGUCUGCGGCGCGUAAUCUGCUCGUUCUUCUAUAGAAAGCGCGAGAAGAGGCGCGUGCUGUAUCUCUAUAACGAAAGCCUGCGACGUAGACUUGGACACGCCAGAUUUAUGCGAGCCAAAAUUAGAGCUCUGGUCAGGACUCGUCAGCUAGAAUACGACAUGGAUCCAUGGAUCGCUGUGAGACUGCGUUGGCCAAUGCUCUGCGGUUGGCUAGCGUUAUUCGCCCGGGCGCGUCUCAAGUGUCUCGUUUGCGGCGAAGCGGAAUCGAGAAAAGGUCCGCAAUUUCGCAGAUGUACGACACCGGGGUGUUCCUUCGUCCAUUGCUCCGAGUGUUGGAAAGACGUCGGCGAAUUCUGCUAUGCCUGCACCGACAUCGGCGAGACGACAGACGACGAUACAGAUGUUCCGAUAGAGAAAUAUUAAUAUAGAUAGGGAUUAAUACGAUCUCACGAAUGCGCUUUGCUCGCUUGAUACGGGGCCCGAGUACUUUCUUUUUGUAAACAGGCUGUGCAUCCUUAGAUAAAUAUAUAUUUCUAUUAUUAGCCAUGAAUCUUGACAUAUAAUUAAAUAGAUAAUACUUUAUAUACAUGGAAGAGACUUUAAUGUAAAGACAACCAUCAUCGAGCGGAAGAUUCCUACAUGAGAUAAAAAGUUUCUUCCGAUAAAUGUUGAUUCCAUCAUAUUUUUUAAUGAGUGCAUAUAACUACUUAUAAACUUUUCAACAGUAUAUAUCUCUAAAACAACUGUGUAGUAAUAUUUGAACAAGGAUGGAGAGAUUUAUCGAUAAUAAAAAGUUGAUUUGUAACCGUUUUUCUAGUCACGCGAUGGAAUUAGCGUUUGUCGGAAGACAUUUUUUGCCUUAGGCGGGAAUCUUCCACUCGAUGACAACUGUUUUUACAUUGAAAUCUCUUCCACGUGUGUAAAGAUAUACGACCAAGAUUCAAAUAUGAAAAACGCUAAGAGGAUUCUGCGAUUGAGUCACGCGGAAUAUAUUAUGUAUGACGCAUAUAUAUUACGACUGAUAAUUUAUUUGCAUGCAGCGAAUACGCAUGUUACAUAUUAAUUGGAUCAAGUUGCGCCUAGAAGGACGAUAAGGCAAUUAGCGUUGCACAUAUAUUAUUUAUAUAUUCCUCCAUUUCUCUUCUCUUUGAUUUCUGUUCAGACUGUCUCUUUCUUUAAGGCUCGAUCUUCAUAUUUCUUCGCGUAUUUAUUUUCCGGAUCGUACUUAGCCUUCAGUUCGUUCCACAUAUCUCUUUUGUUAUU